AACAAAACAUCUACAAAUAGCCACAGCAAGUUUUCAUAGGUCCAGCCAGGGCUGCCAUUAUCUAUUUAACUUGAGCAAGCAAAAGUAAACAAAUCCGAAUGCUCCUAAUCUUUCUGAUAUUGAUGCAAAUUCUUUACAUAAAAUGUAAUGAUUAAUGACACUGUUUUAUAGUUUGGGUAUGGUAACUUAAACUAUAAAACAAUCAGUUGCUAGUAGACAGUGCCAAUUCAUUUACAAGUUGUCAACAACAAUCUUACGCUAACAAUGUCAUGUCAUAGCUACUGACAUGCACAGCACAAAAUUAUAAUUAGUACAUGUAACAACAGUAGGUCAAAAUUUUGGCCUCAUUCUUCAAAGAGGUUAUUAGUCUUCGGGAUAGAGCAAAAUUAAACACCAUUGCCACUAAUCAUGCCGGUGCUUGGUUGCGGGCAUUACCAAACCCAAACCUAGGCCUCGCCAUGUCACAACAUGAAUUCGUGAUUGCAAUACGGAUUUGGCUAGGAAUCCCUCUAUUUCCGUUCCCACCACCAUCAUUGAAAUGUGUUUGUGGUCAAGUUCUUGACCCAUUUGGCAAUCAUUUGGUUAGCUGCGGUCACGGUCCUCUCCGGAUCAAAUGCCACGAUGCCCUUUGCAAAGUGAUUUACCAAGCUCUUCUAACGAACAACAAGCAUGUGAAAAGGGAACGUUGUUCAGGCUUUGACAACAGUCGUCCUGGGGAUACAUUUCAUCCUGAUUUUCUUCUGGAUCGCCCCAGCUUCUUCGAUGUAACAAUAGCUAACAGCCUGCAGCCUUCAUUCAUUAUUACAGCUGCCAUUAAUGCAGGAGCUGCUGCAGAAGCUUGCAAAGACUUUUGUCACGCUGACAGAGUUACAGCAGCUGGUGGUAUAUUUUAUCCACUUGCUGUGGAAACUCUCGGUCUCUGGACACCCUACAGUCUCAAGAUCCUACGCUCUAUAGCUUCGAGAAUUUCUGCAGUGAGUCACAUGACGUUUUCAAAGUCUUUAAACAACUUAAGCCUGGUUCACAAUAUUGACGUCGACAUCAAUAAUAGAAAUAAAUCCCAUUCCAGCGUCGACGUCGGUGUCAACAUCAAAGGAUGCCGCCGACGUUGAGGCAGUUUCUUUGAAGUUUGACGCUCAGCUGAGCAUUGGCGUCAUAUUGUGAACCUGGCUUUAUUACAACAAUUAUCUGUGAAAUUAUGGUUACAUAAUGCUAGAUUGGUUUUACAAUGUUUGAAUGUAGAGAUAGAAAAUGUACAUAGUUGAGACAUGCAUACUUGAGUUGUUGGGGAUGUUGGGGUGGAGAACGUUCAUGUAUGUAAUAAAUAUAUCGU